UCCCUGUCAGCCCCACUUCAAAAAGGUGGAGGUCACAGGAUUCCAGCUCACUACAGCUUCGAGGAUCUGAGGAUUAACCGCACCCUUGGAAUAGAGAGAGACAAUGCUUAUGUUCACCAUGAUGGCACCUGCAUGCUUGGCCAGACCAGGGGCUCGGCUCUUCGUGCUGUUUAUUUGCUUGCCGCUACAUGCUGGCAUGCUUCAGUUUGCUGCAGCUACGAUACAAGGGUACAUCGGAGGCGCGGACAUGACCUGCCCAUCUGUAUGCAGGUGCGACGAGGACUUUAUCUACUGUAAUGACCGUGGUUUGAGCUCCAUCCCGUCACUGCCUCCUUCUGCGUCCGUCCUCUACCUUCAGAACAACCACAUAAACAACCCGGGCUUGCCCACCUCCUUGGAGCGCCAUCUCGCCGUCCGUGUGGUCUACCUCUAUGAUAACGAGCUGGACGAAUUUCCCAUGCACCUGCCACCGUCCGUGCGUGAACUGCAUUUGCAGGACAACAACAUCCGCACCAUUCCUCGUAGUGCACUCGCUCGGAUGCCGUUGCUGGAGAAGCUGCACUUGGAUGACAACUCUAUUUCCACUGUUUCAAUUGAGGAUCAGGCAUUUGCCGACAACCCGCGGUUACGCUUGCUUUUUCUGUCACGCAACCACCUGUCUAGUAUCCCCUCAGGACUACCUGCCUCUCUGGAAGAACUUCGCCUAGAUGACAACCGAAUUUCCACCAUUCCAACUCAUGCCUUCCGGGGCCUCGCUUCACUUCGAUGUCUUGUGCUGGAUGGAAACCUUUUGGCAAACCAGAGAAUUGCAGAUGACACAUUCUCUCGCCUUGCCAACUUGACCGAGUUGUCCCUCGUUCGUAACUCCCUUCAGACUCCACCUGUUAACCUUCCCAGUGCCCAUCUGCAGCGACUGUCUCUACAGGACAAUGCCCUGACUCAUAUGCCACGUGGUUCCCUGGAUGGCAUGCACAGGCUGCAGAGGCUAGACCUGUCAGGAAACAACCUCACUACGCUGCCAAGGGGACUUUUCAAAGACCUGGACAACUUGGGCCAGCUGCUGGUGCGAGGAAAUCCUUGGCACUGUGGCUGCAACCUUCGCUGGCUGUAUGACUGGCUACAUGCCCGUGGUAACUCGAUCACUGUCAGAGGUCUCACCUGCCACGGACCUGACAGAGUGCGAGACAUGGCUCUGGUAGACCUGACCAGUGAGAUGGAGGAAUGUGAGGUGGUGAGGACAGCAGGGACCAGAGACAGAGUAGGCGUAGGAGUCGAAAGCUCUACCACCAACACCCCUCCACAGGGUUCUCUCUUCACCCUCCGCUCGAAGCGACCUGGCCUGGGGCUUCCUGACUCUGGCUUAGACUACACUCUUAGCAGCAGUGGUGUGGGAAAGAGUCUGGCUCUCAAUGUGAAGCCUCUGUCUCACAACAGCGUCCGUGUUACAUGGAGCGUGGCUCAGCCCAGCUCCUCCUUCAGGCUAAGCUGGCUCCGACUCGGUACUGGAAACGCUAUGGGCUCAAUCACAGAAACGCUUGUCCGGGGCGAUCGCCGAGAGUACCUGCUCACGUCUCUGCAACCUCGCUCCAGCUACAUCAUCUGUAUGGUGCCCCUGCCUGCUAGUUCAGAAAACAAAGGAAUGAUUUCUGGAGAUUCAGAUUCUGAUGAAGCUCUGGUUUGUGCAAAAGCUGAAACGUCAGAUGUCAGCCCGUUGGAGGAAGAAGAAGAUGACAGCUCACAGCAGAUGGCGGCACUGCCUCUGGCAGGGAUUAUUGGUGGGGCUUCUGCCAUUGUGUCUUUGGCUCUCAUCUUUGGUGUCUUUUGUUGGUAUGGACAUAGGACUGGGCAUUUGUGUUCCCGUGACCACUACACUCGCAGCAGCUCAAGAAAAAACAAAAACUAUGAUGAUUAUAUCGAGUCUGGCACCAAGAAGGACAAUACUAUCCUGGAGAUCCGUGGCCCGGGCUUCCAGAUGACGCCUAUGGCAGCUUGCCAGCCAAUGCAGCCGAAACCCCUUCGAGAGGAUUACAUCAUUCAUACCAUAUUCCCCUCCAAUGGCACUGGCUUGUACAAAGGUGCCAACCAUGUUUCUAAUGCAGGACACGGCACUAAUCGUGGCUAUAGAGAAGGAGGAAUCCCAGAUAUAGACUACUGUUACACAUGAUGUACUGUACCAGAUCCUGUUCACAGUGUUAUUGGUAAACUGUAUAGAUGCACAAGUUCCCUUCGCAUGGACACUUCUGAAGCACCCCUCUGUGCCUUCUUCUUCUGGUUUCCCAUUCCAAAUGACCUGCUGUUCACUGCACUGAAAGUACUGUAUGUGAUUAACUGGAACUAAAACUAUGUGGGAACAGCUCUCUGCAGGAAGCAGCAGCCAAUGCCCCAGGUGUAAAUGCACAGCUGAGUGUUUCUUCACCAUCUUAGUAAUGGCCUGUGUAUGUUUCCUUUUCUGCUCUUUCCUUGUGACAUGUAAGCAAAGAAUGUAUCCACGACGGAAAAGGUCAGACUUAGCAUAAGACAGGUAGAGGUUCCUCUUUCCCAUGCAGGAGCCACAGCAUUCAGUUCAAAGUGGAUAAAGAAAUGAUGAGAAACAGACAUCUUUGGUACUCAUUUCCUGCUCAUACACAGUAUGUAGUCUUAUCAACUCAUUGUUCCAAAUGCCUCAACUAUAUUGAUGUGCCCUACCAGCUAUCCAAGGAAAGGGCUUUGUAAAGCUGUGAAUUGUUCUAUUUCAAACAACCCAGUAACCACUUGUCUUAAAGUAGGCUUGUUAUUACCUUAUUCAGUAGUCGGCUGGUUGAAGAUCUUAUAAGGGCUGGUCAGCCUUGGGUAUACCUCUUGAGAUUGUCCACAUGAGAUCAGUAUUGUAGAGUUGCAUCGGACGAAAUGCAGCACAAGCGUGUAGAUAAUUUACUUAGAUACCGACUUGGCUGUGUUUGAAAAAUGCUUUGCUAUUUUUUAUCAGUGGUUUGUUUAGUAAUGAAAUCCUGCACAGCUCUCUUUAUUUAUUUAUUUUGUUCCCUAUGUGAUGGUUUUUUUGUCUCUGCUAAAACAGCUUCUUUUUUUUUUUUUUUAAUUUUCACCCUCAUGUUUGUCAUUAUUGUUGAAACCCAGCUUUUGAUGAAGACAGUGGCUUUGUUCCAUCUUAGCAACAAGUGAAGGAAGUAAUAUGACGGCUGUCUCCAGGUUCAUGUAA